AUGCAGAAGGACGCGAUGCGCGGGCAACGCUAUGCGCUGAAGGCCCUGUCGAAAGGUGAGAUCAUGUCGAUGAUUGACAGCACCUUCGUCAUCCGCCUGCAUCGGACGUUCAAAGACGCCCAGCACGUGUACUUCCUCUUAGAAGCAGCCCUGGGUGGUAGCUUGGUGCAGGUUGUCAAAGACCAUCCGGAGAUUUUUGUUCAGGAUAUGCCUCGAGGCCAUUCUGGGGCCUUCUAUGCUGCUUGUGUUAUUGCUGCACUUGAUCACCUGCAUGAAAGGCGAAUUGUGCACCGUGACAUUAAACCUGAGAAUGCCUUGCUGGAUGAGCAUGGCUAUGCCAAGGUUUGUGACAUGGGUUUCGCACGUUUCGUGCUGAGCAAGACGAAUACACUUGUCGGGACACCUGACUACAUGGCGCCAGAAGUCAUUGACUUCCCGCAUACGCACAACAGCAGCGUUGAUUGGUGGGCACUGGGGGUUCUUACCUAUGAGAUCUUAAGUGGGCAUACGCCUUUCACCGAUGAGGGCGUUUCGGAUCCGAUGGAGAGGCUCCUGGCGAUCCGGCGGAGCCAGGAGCAGGGGCCUAUUCAAUUUGGUUUUCAUUUCCCACAGGUUGCGAAAGGUUUCGUUUCCCAACUGCUGCAGAUUCGGCCUCAUGAGCGCCUUGGAGCUGGACGCGGAGGAGCCCAGGAUGUUCGUGACCACGCCAUGUACAGGACGUUGGCCUUUGACUUCAAGGCAUUCCACGAGCAGAAGCUCCCGACUCCGUUCCACAAGCAGUGGAGCUAUCCCGAGCAUUUCUUCACGGAUGACUUUGGGCUAGACCGUGGGCAACUGGGUUUGGACCCAUCAGAUAGUUUGUAUAUCGCAUACACUGCCGACCCAUCUGACGACUGGGAUGCCAAGUUCUGA